AUGGCGCCAUCUUGUCUUCACACCAUCAUCACUGUCGGCGCUUGGUUUAUCGCAAAUCGACCUCCUUCACUAUACUUACCCCAUCUUCAUAUCUACUACUUUCACUUCAUUUCACCAGCUGUGUCAGUCAUGCUCGACAGACAGAUGAUGAUCAGAGGCACCCCAGCACCCACACCAUUCGACCACCCGGAUGCAGACAUCGUCCUACGAUCGUCCGACAAGGAGCCAGUCGACUUCCGAGCGUUCAAGCUCCUGCUCUCUCUCGCCUCCCCAUUUUUCUCCGAGAUCUUUACCCUCCCGCAGCCCUCCAGCCCACUUCUGUACCCCGACUCUGGAUCCUUAGAUGGCGUACCCGUUAUCCAGAUGUCCGAAGACAAAGAAACGCUGCAAAUCCUACUCGGCCUGUGCUUUCCCGUGAGCGUGCACGCGCACCCACGCAUCUCGUCCGUGCAACAGCUCCAGAAGGUCGCGGAGGCAGCAAUCAAGUUCGAGAUGCAGGGAGUGCAGAACCACUUGAAGAGCGAGAUCGUCUCCCCCCGCUUUGUCGAGGCGCAGCCCUUGCGCGUGUUCGCAAUUGCUUAUCGCUAUGGGUGGGAUACCGAGGCGCGCAAAGCUGCACGGCUCACCCUAAGGCAUCCGAUGAAUGUCCCGUUCGUGGAUGAGCUCGAGUUCAUCUCGGCGGCGACGUAUUAUCGGCUACAGGAGUACCAUCGUGCGUGUGGGGAGGUUGCAUCCUCCAGGGUGCUACUUCAGCCUGCACUGGCGGAUUUCGACGAUCCGUGGGUGUGGCUAUCGUGUAGACGGUGCCCGGCAGCAUGGGAUGUCCGAAGCAGCGAAUAUCCGAGUGCACGACGGUGGUGGGCAGAGUGGAUUGAAGAUGUAUCAGAGGAGGUGCGGAGACGACCGUGGGGAGAAACAGCUAGAAAAUGCGACUUGCUGAACAAGGCUGUACGACAAGCUUCGGCAUGUUCAAACUGUAGCCAGAGUGCCAAAGAGGAUCUUGACGCAUUCUCUCUGAUGCUUGCAGUCGAGGUUGAGAAAGACAUUUCCACGGUCAAUAUCGAUAUCGAUUUCGAUGACUGGAGUUGCGCCUCUCCUACGACAUGA